AUGCCGCGACGCAACCCCCUCCUCCUCCUGGCCAUCUCGGCUCUCGUGCUGGCGUGCCCGGCAUCGUGCGCCGACCCCGUGCUCCUCCCGAUGGCCAAGGACGCGGCCACCUCCCUCUACACCAUCCCCGUCCGGGAUGGCGCCAACCACGUCCACGUCAUCGACCUCGCCGGCCCGCUCCUCUGGUCCACCUGCGACCACAUACCGGCCAAUAUCCCCUGCCAGGACCCGGUGUGCAAGCUCGCCAACGCGUACCGCGCGCCGAGCUGCGGCAUCGCGGGCCAGCCCUGCUCAAAGCGGUGCAAGGCCUACCCGUACAACCCUAUCACGGGGCGGUGCGCGGCGGCGGAGCUCGUCCACACCAGGCUCGUCGCCAACACCACCGACGGCAAGAACCCAUUGAGCCAGGUCUCGGUCCGCGCCGUGGCGGCGUGCGCGCCGAGGACGCUCCUGGAGCGGCUGCCCAGGGACGUCACGGGCGUCGCGGGGCUCUCAGCCGCCGGCCUCGCCCUGCCCGCGCAAGUUGCGGCGUCGCAGCGCGUCGCCAACACGUUCCUGCUCUGCCUCCCCAGGUCCGGCCGCGGCGAUGGCGUGGCGAUCUUCGGCAGCAGGGGGCCGUUCUACCUCAAGCUCUUCCUCACCGGGGAGCCGUCCAGCGGGGACCUCACGCAGACGCUGCAGUUCACCCCGCUCCGCAGCAGGCCGGGCAACCCGCUGUACUACAUCCCGGUCACCAACGUCGCCAUCAACCGGGCACAGGUGCCGCUCCCGCCGCACGCGCUGUCCACCGGCGGCGUCGUGCUGUGCACCCGGGUGCCGUACACCGCGCUCCGGCCCGACGUGUACCGCCCCGUCGUGGAGGCGUUCGACAGGGGCCUCAUACGGAGCGACAUGAGGGUGGCCGCGGUGCCGCCCUUCGAGUUCUGCUACAACAGGACGCUGUUGCCGCCCACGCGGCUCGGCUACGGCGUGCCGGAGAUAACCCUCGCGCUGGAGGGCGGCAAGGAGUGGACGUUCGUCGGCAGCAGCUCCAUGGUGGACGUGAACGCGAAGACGGCGUGCCUCGCGUUCGUCGAGAUGAAGGGAGUGAAGGCCGGGGACCCCGCCGCGGCGGCGGUGGUGGUCGGGGGCUUCCAGAUGGAGGACCACCUGCUGCAGUUCGACCUGGAGAAGAAGCAGCUAGGGUUUGCCAAGGUGCCCAUUAUUUCGGCUUGCAGCAACUUCAAUUUCACCAGGGGACAGUAA